AUGCAACUCCGCGCUCUUACUAUUUGCUUGGCUGUGGCCGCGUCAGCGCUUCCCCUGGCAUAUGUCAACUCCUAUGCAGUAAAUGCGGAUGUUGUUAAAAGCAUCGAUGGGAGCCUGGCUCCUAUUGUUAUUGCCCGGCGUAUUGAAGGCAACUCACCUAUCGGUAUCGCUAAACGUGGAAGCGAGGCAGAUGCUUCUAUCGACAUUACCCGGCGUGAUGAUAUGAGCGACCCAUCUAUCGAUAUCCCUAAACGUGGAAGCGAGGCAGAUGCUUCUAUCGACAUUGCCCGGCGUGGUGAUAUGAGCGACCCAUCUAUUGAUAUCGCUAAACGUGAAAGCGAGGCAGAUGCUUCUAUUGGCAUUGCUCGGCGUUCCAAACAGACGAAGCCCUCCGUUGAUAUCGUGUGA